GCCUCUUUAAUACGAGAAACACAGCCCACCUGUGCGAGGCCAGAUCAGUGUCCUCUUGGUUUUUCUUUGGUCUAUGCCACCAUGAACUAUAAAUGCAAGUGCCAAUAAUUAGAAGAGUAUUUUCAGGCUUAAUUGAAAAUGACUUCGGAAUCUUCACUCGGAAAAGUCGCUACCUCUCACCUACAGGCUCUUACAAAGGUUUUGUGGUCUUGGUGUAUAUGCACGAAUUGUCAAACAGAGACGCCUUGCAAGACUAGAGAUUGCUCGUGGUCGUCUAGAUCAACAACGCUCAGCCGGUAUUUCGAGUUCUUUAAGAUAUCCGCAAGUGAUUACAGGUGCAAUAUAGCUCCUGGUCAGUCUCCGGGUCUGUCGUCUUACAAUGAUCUAUUCAAAAUUAUUGAACGAUUGAAAUCCAGCCCUGAACUCAGUAAAGCAGAGUUACUGGAAAAAAUAUUUACCGAUCGUCCCACACGACCGUAUCAAGAGCGUGCUCUCAAUCUAGCUGUUCAGGUGGUUAUGAUGAUCAACUGCUCUUCAUCUCGUCAAUCUUCCGUGUUGCUAGAGUAUGGAAAUGAACAAGCUCGUUGGCAUCUCAAUGACACGUUUUCGCAAUUUCUCAACGACGUGUUCCCAAAAACGUCCCAUCCAAGCAUUGAUGAAAUUAAGAGCGAACUUUUGGCGACCAAAUUGAAGAAGAAUGCGCGACUGGAAUUUCAACCAACAGACGACCUGAGGAAUCAUUUGAGGCUUGACAAAAAAGCGGGAGUUGUCGAAAUAUUCCACCAUACUGCUUUUCUGAAAGAGCAAUUGAGGCUUACGAAAGAACUGCCGCAAAGCUCGUCUGUAUCCGAUCUAAUUCGAAUAGGAGCGCUACCUCGUGCACUUCUUAUCGAGGUGCUGGACUCCAUACAGAAGGUUAUUUUUGAUCUCACAGAUGUUAAAUCCAAGAAGCUGCUAUUAUCGCUGACCUCUACUUCAACUUGUAAUUUUGACCCUGAUAUCCUCCGAUAUGAGAGCGCAUCAAUUCGCAAGCCAGAGGAGCAGAAUAUCCAGUAUCAUUAUUUUGGGGCACGAUUGGCAGAUCUGCACCAGGAAUUAAUGAAUCCGACUCCGAGAGGUUUUGAAAAAUGGUUCGAGAGAAACAGUAGUCCAAGAUUCGUGAUGAUGGCCACCAUCGCCGGCGUUAUGUUUGCGAUUUUCCUAGGGUUGUUGAGUCUGGCUUUGGGCGGCUUUCAGGCUUAUAUCGGGUAUAUGGCAUGGAAGCAUCCUGUUCAAGCGCCAUCUGGUUCCUGAAAACAGCCAAAAGAUGCAGAAUUGAAAUAUCACAUCAGAUUACUGCGCAUGUCAAUAAGAUGGAAUUCGUCUUGUGUUAAAAAUUCAAGGCGUUUUGACA